AUGCCGCCUCGAAUACGUUUACGAAUUGCACGGCAAGAGUGUCUCCCCCCUCUCAGAAGCGAAUCUUUCCGGUCAUCGCAAUGCUCUUAUGCUACUGCAGCUGCUACGGCUGCGACGACACCCGCACCUUCGAUAUCGCAGAUGACAUCCCCAAUAUACCCUACACCAAGAAACUCCUCCGCGCAACCCCCUUCGCAUAGACCGCCCGAGUUCCGCAGAUCCCAACUUCUCCGCUCUUACGUCUCCCUUCUCCAAUCCACACCACUCAUCCUCCUAUUCCAGCACAACAACCUCAAAGCGGUAGAAUGGACCGCCAUAAGACGAGAGCUAGCCCUGGCAAUGCAGAAACUCGACCAAUCCAUGAUCGCCGAUGGUCGAGAAAGCAGCGCCGUGGGCACCGGCGUCAAGCUCCAGAUCAUCCAGACCAAGAUCUUCGAGCCCGCGCUGCGGAUCGCGGAGUUUUACAAACCUCCACCUCGACCAUCACCACGCGCGUUGCGUAACAUGACUAUUCCAUCAGAAAAGGAAGACCCAACGCUCACGCACGUCCUCUCCGAAUCAGCUUACAACGCCGUCCUGAAGAAGAAAGGCAGACACCCCCUUACACCCCUCCUGACAGGAUCACUGGCCCUCCUCACCCUGCCCACAGUCUCGCCGCAAUAUCUCAAAGCAGCCCUCCAGAUUCUCGCACCCGAGAAACCUGGCUUCCCAGCCCCCACGCGGAAGGCGAGUCCCGGGUAUUGGGAUCCGGCGGUCCAGGAUGGGUUGAAGAAGUUAAUGCUUCUAGGCGCAAGAGUGGAGGGUAGAGUAUUUGACAUGGGUGGGACCAGAUGGGUUGGUGGAAUUGAUGGUGGGUUGGAAGGCCUGAGAGCGCAGCUCGUGUAUAUGCUUCAAGGGUUUGGGGCUGGGAUUACCGGUGCAUUGGAGAGCGCGAGCCGCAGCUUGUAUUUCACAAUGGAGAGUCGCAGGCAUAUGCUUGAGGGAGAAGGCAAGCCGAUAGAUGCAGGUGGGGAUGCGCCAAAGCGGGAAUAA